UUGCAUUCAGAUCUAUUCCUCUGAUCCAAAUCCGCAGAUCCAAUUCUGAGCCAAAAUCAUAGAAGAAGAAGAAGAAGAAGAAAGAUGUAUAUGGCAUAUGGAUGGCCUCAGGUGAUCCCACUGGAACAGGGUUUGUGCCCGUCUUCCCAGAAGAUCAUAUAUUUGAAGGUCAUCAAUGGCUUACUCCUGGUCGUCUCUCCCUCCCACCUUGAGCUCUGGAGCUGUUCGCAGCAUAAAGUGAGACUCGGCAAGUACAUGAGGGAUGCCGAUUCUCUCCACUCACAAGGCGAGAAUUUGCAAGCAGUCUGGAGCCCUGACGCCAAAUUCGUUGCUCUUCUUACGUCUUCUUUCUUUCUUCACCUUUUCAAGGUCCAGUUUUCUGAGAAAAAGAUUCAAUUAGGAGGAGGGAAGCAGCCCUCUGCUGUAUAUCUCGCUACUAUAUCUCCUCUUCUCACUGAGCAGGUGCCAUUUGCACAUAAGGACAUCACACUGAGCAAUAUUGUAAGCGACAGCAAACACAUGCUACUUGGACUUUCUGAUGGAUCACUUUACAGUAUCUCAUGGAAAGGGGAGUUCUAUGGGAGUUAUAAACUUGAUCCAAUUCCACGUGAUGGCCCAUUAUCACAUUCCUUGGAUAAUGGUGUUGCUACUAAAGGGGUUCCAGGAACUAUUCCUGCCAAUAAUUGCGUCCCCAGGAACUCUGCUAUUAUUCAACUGGAGCUUUGUCUUCCACUUAGGUUAUUGUUUGUUUUGUAUUCUGAUGGACAACUGGUGUCAUGUUCUGUAAGUAAGAAAGGCUUAAAGCAUCCUGAAUCUAUUAAAGCUGAGAAGAGGCUGGGGGAUGGUGAUGCUGUAUGUACUUCAGUAGCUUCGGAGCAACAAAUCCUUGCUGUUGGGACCAAAAGAGGGGUUGUGGAGUUAUAUGACUUCGCCGAAUCUGCAUCACUGAUCCGAUCCGUAUCUCUGUAUGACUGGGGAUACUCAAUGGAAGACACUGGACCUGUCAGUUGCAUUGCAUGGACGCCUGAUAAUUCUGCUUUUGCAGUUGGGUGGAAGUUAAGAGGACUUACAGUUUGGUCUGUCUCCGGUUGUCGUUUGAUGUCAACAAUCCGUCAAAUAGGUUUAAGUUCAGUAUCUUCUCCGGUGGUGAAGCCAGUCAAUGAAUGUAAAUUUGAACCUUUGAUGGGUGGCACCUCAUUGAUGCAGUGGGAUGAAUAUGGAUAUAGACUCUAUGCUAUUGAAGAACGAUCAUUGGAGAGGAUCCUUGGAUUUUCCUUUGGUAAAUGUUGCCUUAACAGAGGAGUUUCAGGCAUGACAUAUGUCCGGCAAGUGAUAUAUGGUGAUGAUCGGUUGCUUGUUGUUCAGUCUGAAGAUACUGAUGAACUUAAGAUGCUACAUCUUAACCUUCCAGUUUCUUAUAUCUCACAAAAUUGGCCAGUUCAACAUGUAGCGGCUAGCAAAGAUGGAAUGUACUUGGCAGUUGCUGGCCUUCAUGGGUUAAUCAUAUACGAUAUACGAUUCAAGAAGUGGCGAGUGUUUGGAGACAUUACUCAGGAACAGAAGAUACAGUGCAAAGGUUUGUUAUGGAUGGGGAAGAUUGUUGUCGUCUGCAACUACAUUGAUUCUACUAACACAUAUGAAUUGCUUUUCUAUCCAAGAUAUCACCUUGAUCAGAGCUCACUUCUUUGCCGAAAGUCGUUGCUUGCAAAACCAAUGGUCAUGGAUGUCUAUCAAGAUUAUAUACUAGUCACAUAUCGCCCAUUUGAUGUUCACAUAUUCCAUGUGAAAUUAUUUGGUGAAUUGACACCUUUCACUACUCCAGAUCUAGAGCUUUCUACAGUACGAGAACUCUCAAUUAUGACUGCAAAGAGCCAUCCUGCAGCAAUGCGUUUUGUCCCAGAUCAGCUUCCAAGAGAGCGCAUUUCAGAUAAUCAUAUGUCUAACUCAGAUCCUUUACUAAAAGAGCCUGCAAGGUGUUUAAUAUUGAGAGUAAAUGGGGAGCUUUCACUUCUUGAUUUGGAUGAUGGACGUGAAAGGGAGCUCACUGAUUCUGUUGAAUUAUUUUGGGUUACAUGUGGUCAGUCGGAGGAAAAAUCAAAUCUUAUUGAGGAGGUUUCAUGGUUAGAUUAUGGCCACCGUGGAAUGCAGGUUUGGUAUCCAUCUCUGGGUGUUGACCCUUUUAAGCAGGAGGAUUUCUUGCAGUUGGAUCCGGAGCUUGAAUUUGAUCGUGAGGUAUACCCUCUGGGACUUCUUCCACAUGCUGGGGUUGUUGUUGGCGUUUCCCAGCGAAUGUCAUUCUCAGCCUGCACAGAGUUUCCAUGUUUUGAGCCUACUCCUCAAGCUCAAACUAUAUUACAUUGUCUUUUAAGGCACCUUAUUCAGAGGGACAAAAGGGAGGAAGCUUUAAGGUUGGCCCAAUUAUCAGCUGAAAAACCUCAUUUCUCUCACUGUAUGGAGUGGCUACUGUUUACCGUAUUUGAGGCAGACAUAUCCAGGUUGUUUGAGGAAUGCUUCCAACGCAGAUGGUACCGCACUGCUGCAUGCUAUAUACUUGUUAUUGCUAAGCUUGAAGGUCCUGCUGUCAGUCAGUACUGUGCUUUGCGUUUAUUACAGGCAACACUGGACGAAUCUUUAUAUGAGCUCGCUGGGGAGCUGGUGAGGUUCUUGCUGAGAUCUGGAAGGGAAUAUGAACAAGCAUCAACAGAUACAGAUAGACAAGCUCCAUCAUCUCCCAGAUUCUUGGGUUAUUUUGGUUUUCGUUCUAGUAAUAGAAAACAGUCCUUGGAUAAGAGCUCUUCAUUCAAGGAGCAGAGUGCACAUGUUGCUUCUGUGAAGAACAUUUUAGAAAGCCAUGCUAGCUAUUUGAUGUCGGGAAAAGAGCUUUCAAAGCUAGUUGCAUUUGUGAAAGGCACUCAGUUCGAUUUAGUGGAAUAUCUUCAGCGAGAGAGAUUUGGAUGUGCUCGUUUGGAGAAUUUCGCUUCGGGACUUGAAUUAAUUGGACAAAAGCUCCAAAUGAGUAUACUGCAGAGCCGAUUUGAUGCAGAAUUUCUUUUGGCACAUAUGUGCUCUGUCAAGUUCAAAGAGUGGAUAGUGGUCCUUGCCACUCUUUUAAGACGAUCUGAGGUUCUAUUUGAUCUCUUCCAGGAUGAUAUGCGGUUGUGGAAAGCUUAUAGCUUCACUCUGCAGUCACAUCCCGCCUUUACUGAAUACCAUGAUCUUCUUGGAGAUUUGGAAGAUCAACUUUCAUCCAUUGGAACUUCUGAAGAAAGAUGAGGUUGCAAUCAGAUAUGUACAUCGUUUCUCUACUUGACAGUUGGUGCUCAUAUGGUAAUUACUCACGAGAGUCGGUCUUCUCUCUUUUGGAGUAAAAAACUGUCACUCAGCAUCUAUGUAUAUGGGUGUGGAUGAUGAGCACUAGGACGCGCCAUGUCGAGGAUCUGCUCAACAAUUUUUGUUAUUAUAAUAAUCAAAUUUUACUGUAUCAUUGAAGUUAGAUGUUCUUGUAGAUAAGAAAAGGUUGGAAACCACUGUUGAGGAGUAAAACAUGCAAUGUCUUACUCUUGAGUCUUUUUUGUAUUCUUUUUCUUGGUUUAUAUCAUAAGUUGUAUAAAAUUCUUGUUCAAUAGUUUUAUUAAGGCUAUUUGCAUGAGGUUUUAAGGUG